AUGGAGAAUUUAAAUCAAACUAGUGGCAAUAGAUUUAUUCUUCUCGGGCUUGCCAAUAAUCCUUACAUGAAAGCUUUAAGCGUCCUGAUAUUCCUCAUUAUGUAUAUAAUCACUUUGUCAGUGAACUCUUUACUUAUCAUUGUUGUGAGAAUAAAUUCACAGCUGCAGAUCCCCAUGUAUUUUUUUUUAAGUAACCUCUCUAUCAUUGAUAUCAGCUUCUCUUCCAACAUAGUACCGAAACUUCUGGUUAUCACUUUAUCACAGGAUAGAAGUGUUUCUUUCAUUGAUUGUGCUUUACAGAUGUUCAUUCAUUCAUCCCUUGGGGCAACAGAAUGUAUCAUUCUAGCCGUUAUGGCAUAUGACAGAUACGCAGCCAUCUGUAAACCACUGCACUACAACACAAUUAUUAACAAGAGAUUCUGUCGCUACAUCCCUACUGGUUGCUGGGCUGUUGGAUUUAUAAACUCUAGCAUUCAUGUGACCUCUACCUUCCAACUUCCGUUUUGCAGGUCCCACCAUGUCAACCAUUUUUUCUGUGAGGUGCCUCCUUUCUUCCAGCUGUCUUGCCAAGAUACUUGGUUUAAUGAAGUAUCAAUUUAUAUGUCAGCUUGUACAAUUGGCCUUUGUUCAUUCUUUUUGACACUAAUUUCAUAUGUUUAUAUAAUCCCCACCAUUCUUAAAAUAGAUUCCACUCAAGGAAGACAGAAAGCUUUCUCAACUUGUGCAUCUCAUCUUACAGUGGUGUCUCUGUAUUAUGGUACUACAAUGUUUAUGUAUUUACGUCCUCAUUCAAGCUACUCUCCUGAGACAGAUAAGACUGUGUCCAUUAUUUAUACGGUUGUGAUUCCAAUGCUGAAUCCAAUCAUCUACAGCUUGAGGAAUCGUGAUGUAAAAGUGACUAUAAAAAAAAUCCGACGCCAGCGCUGGCUCGAGGCCCAUGCGGCGGGCGUCCCCGCCGCAUCGGUAUACGAAACCCCAUCCUAUCUCAAUGGAAGAGAAGUGGAUUACAAAACCUUAUACUAG